AUGUCUGCUGCGAUUUCUCCUGCUAUUUUUGCGAUGCUAAUUUUAGUUUCACUACCGGCAGCUUCUCGCUUAGACGUCUAAAUGUGUUGAUAAAUGUUUAUAUUUGUCUUUUGUUACCUAUCUAUUUAAGUAAAGAUACCAUAUUUGAAAUGGACUUUUUAAACCAGAGUGGGUCCAGACAGCGUAAGUUACAGCCGAAGAUCAGGAUGCGAGGCCCCUCAGGGGACCCCAGUGACCCCAGCCCGUUAUUUGACGACACUAGUUCGGUGGUGAACAAACACGGUCACGGCGACGUGGGGAAAGGGCCUGAUGCGUAUCCAGGACAGGCCUUUCUGUCGGACCCCAUGUCUAGCCUCGCCAUGGCCUACGGCAGCAGUCUCGCCACCCACGGCAAAGAGAUGAUGGACAAGAACCUGGAUCGAUUCGUCCCCAUCUCUAAGUUAAAGUACUAUUUUGCAGUAGACACGGUUUAUGUUGGCAAGAAGCUUGGACUGCUGGUUUUUCCCUACAUGCAUGAAAACUGGGAGGUGAGCUAUCAGCAGGAUACACCAGUUGCUCCACGGUUUGAUAUCAACGCCCCAGAUCUGUACAUUCCCGUGAUGGGUUUCAUUACGUAUGUCCUGGUUGCUGGACUGGCUCUGGGCACACAGAACCGGUUUUCUCCAGAGAUUUUGGGCAUUCAGGCCAGCUCGGCCCUGGUGUGGCUCAUCAUCGAGGUUCUGGCUGUGCUCCUCAGUCUUUAUCUGGUAACCGUUAACACUGACCUCACCACCAUCGACCUGGUGGCCUUUUCUGGAUACAAAUAUGUCGGGAUGAUCGUGGGAGUGGUGGCAGGACUUGUGUUUGGCCGGAUGGGAUAUUACCUCUCACUGCUGUGGUGCUGCGUGUCUAUCUUUGUCUUUACGAUCCGAACGCUCCGGCUAAAGAUCCUGUCUGAGGCCGCCGCGGAGGGACGGUUAGUGCGAGGAGCCAAAAACCAGCUGCGGAUGUACCUGACCAUGGCCAUCGCUGCAGCACAGCCCGUGUUCAUGUACUGGCUCACCUUCCACCUGGUCAGAUAAGAGGAACGGCCACGGACAGAAGCUCAGAGAGCCAAUUUGCACACAUGUACUAAUAAACCAAUGGACACGUGUUGUGUAGCCUCAUCAUUGCACAAUAUGAAUGAUCUCAACUGUAGUCGACCAGCUGUCUUUUGUACAUUUCUAGGAGUUUUUGUUGGGUUUUGUAUUGUCUAAUGUACAGUGCAAUUGUAUUUUAUUUUUUUAAUGUCAAUGUCUUUAUUUGCAAAGUUUUAGCAAAGGGUGUUGUCCGGAUGCUAUGACUGCACUUUGGCUGCCUAUUUCCUGUCAUGGUAACCACAAACCGUGUGUGUGUGUGUGUGUUGCUUCUAUACUAGUAAGGCGCUCUUUCUUGUUGCCACUAACAGGUGCAUAAAGAGUCUUUCUUGAGGUCAGACCUUCAUGUUUAAUGCAAGUUUUUACAAAACAAACUUGCUUCAUACAUUUCAG